GCUGGUUAUACUGUCAAAGUAUAUGAUCAAGUUCAAACUAAUAUAAGCUUUUAAUUGCUUCACUAUCGCCGUUUUGAUUUGAACAUAUUGUUCUCGCAAACAAAGUGAUAUAACCACGGCAAACGAGACGAACACGAAAGCAAGAUGAAAGUUGUCGGAUCUACCUGCGCAUUGAAGACCAAGGUUGGCAGCGAGGACGUGGUGCGGUGUCUCUCCGACCAGAGCCUUGCUAUUUCCAAGUGCAAAAUCCUGGAUGAGCAGAUGAACGUCUUCCUACAUGACAUGAACAGUUGCUACAGCAAGUUGAAGGAACUCGUGCCCACUCUGCCACCCAACAAGAAAGCCAGUAAGAUGGAGAUUCUGCAGCACGUGAUUGAUUACAUCUGGGACCUGCAGGUAGAACUGGACUCUCCGGGAAUGAACCGGCAACAGGCCACCGGUGGCUCACCUCUCACCCGCACCCCUCUGACCACCCUCAACGCAGAGCUGGCGAGCAUAUCUGUCGAGAACGGAUGCUCUGAUGACAGAAUCCUGUGUCGCUGAUUCGGAAACCGAGGCGCCGUCAUCCAAAAGAACAUUCGAAGAGCAAGCAAGGUUGCCACGAUAACCUUGGAUCAAGCAGGGAAGAAGCGAAAUCUCCCAUGAUAGCAGAGAUUUGCGAGUACACCAUAAACGCGACUGGUGGAACUGUGCCGUAGCGCGAAUUGCCCCGCGACCCAGAAGAGCUCCCCACUCGUGACUCGUGGGAUUUGGGUCGUGCUGAGGGCAGUGAUCAGUGUAGCACCUCAACGACCACACUUGACUGUCAUAUUGGGGUUCAUCAGAAAGUCUGUUUCAUUCUUUCAUCUCCUAUUCUCUUUUUGUACUUUGUCAGAAUUACACGUAGAGAUUUUUUAUAUUUUGUAAAAAAUGUCAACUUCUCAGAUUGCUGAGUUAUAUUUGUAUUGUAUAUUACAAUGCUAUAAGAUGUGAAACUCUAUAUUGUUUUAUUACAAUGUACCUUAAUGGUGUUUUUUUUAUUAAAACAAGAAAAGUAUUUUGAAAACAA